AGGCGCAGAUCACGCUGAGCCGGCGGACAAGUGACGCUUUGCACCAGAAGCAGGCGAGGAAGAGGGUGAAUCUGCGGUCUGGACGGCGCCAGUGCUGGCUUUUAUGGCGUUGUCGUUGUCGUUGUAGCUGUUGUGGUUGUUGUGGUUGUUGUUGUGAAGUUGUAGAUCUGGAGGUGAAGAAAAAGUUGGCGGAAGAGCCGAAAAAGGCAAAAGCAACAACAUCGAACUUUUCUCUCUCUCUCUCUCUAAGCGCCGGCCAGGAAUAAAACCAGACAACUCGACGGUUUCAGACAGCAUCGACGGCGGCUAGGAUGGAACAGCCUGGCGAAUGCCGCCGUGGGACGCUCCGUCAGCCGGGACGCAGCUGCUGGCCUCGCCCCUGAUAUGCGUUCUACGACCGGUCUACGGACUGCUGUCUGCGCUACGGGCGCCGCCGUACACUCGCUCACCCACCCAGCGGGCCGUCAGAGUGGUCUGUCUGUCGGACACGCACUCCCAGCACCGCUCCGUGGACGAGAUACCGGACGGCGACCUGCUGAUACACGCCGGAGACCUGACGGACCUGGGCACGCCGGAGCAGAUCCAGGAGGCAGCGGACUGGCUGAAGAGCCUCCCGCAUCGGUACAAGGUGGUGGUGGCCGGGAACCAUGACGGGUGGCUGGACGCUGGGGUGCGCGGACGGAUAGCCGAGCUCAACGGGAUAGAUGAGAGCGCUGUUGAUGAUACGCGGAUAGAUUGGGAAGGGAUAUGCUAUCUGCAGAACUCGUCUGUUACGCUGGAGUUUGGCUCGCGGACGCUUACGGUGCAUGGGAUACCGCAGAUUCCCCAGCUGGAGCCGCAUGUUACUAUACACGCCUUCCAGUACCCGCCGUACCACGUUGGGCUUCCGUGGCCAACGGCCCCGCCGGCAGAGACGGAUAUACUGGUGUCUCAUAGCCCGCCGCUGCACCAUGGAGACUUGUUUCCGAACAGCAUUGGGUGUGCACAUUUGCUGGAGGCGGCGUGGCGGGUGAAGCCGGCGCUGUAUGUGUUUGGCCAUACGCAUGCUGGCCGGGGCGUGGAGCGAGCGUACUAUGACGAUGCGCAGCGGGCGUGGGAGAUGAUGUUGCAUCGGCGGCGAGAAGGGGGCAUGCUCUGGGCCCGGGGUGAGCGAGGCUGGAGCUGGUGGCUGUUUCGGCGGUGGUCGGUAGUGCGGGACCUGGUGAGCGUGUGCUGGGCGUGGAGGGAUGCGGUGCGGGUGGUGUUUGGGUCCCUUGUGAGCGUCAUCUGGACGAGGGUGUGGGGAGGAGAGAGGCCGCUGGGCAGAGAAGGGUGGAUGGUCAACCCGGCGUGUAUGGACGUCCGGGGCCAGAGAAUUGUGGCUGGACCGAUAGUGGUAGACUUGUAA